AUGCCUUACAAAUAUGGAGGUCCGCGAAGUAAAGGGUGUCAUGCGUGCAGGGUCCGCAAGAUCAAGUGUGACGAAGCUCGACCAACUUGUGGGCGCUGCCUUCGUUCAGGCAAGAGGUGCGAGUUUCGAGACGCCUUCGAGUUGCUCCACUACGACGAGACCGCACAUGCCUCUCAUCGGGCUCACGAACUAUGGCAAAAGCGCGCAACCAAGCCAGACGAAGGCGGUGUAUCGCAUCCCGCGUCCACUAAAGGCCUUACGGCCAUACCGGCCAACGUAGCCCUGGGAUUGGGCCCACCUCUGUACGAAUUGGCUGUGCAAAGGUUCUUUUUCGACUACGUCUUUCAGAUGAGCACUCCAUCAGGGAGAGGAGGAUAUCUAGAAUGCCUUCCAGACGUCUACCCCAGGUUCAUCCACCAGCCCUUCUUCCUCUCUGCGUUCAAAUCCACUGCCCUGGCCAACUUUGCGAGGAGAUGCAACUCGAGAAACGCAUCCGAGGCGGCUUUGGCUGAAUACGGCAAGGCAAUAUGCCUGACAAACGCCGCCGUGAGAGAUCCCGUCCUGGUCGUCAGAGACGAGACGCUCCUGGCUUGUCAACUAUUGGGCUUCUGCGAGAUCUACUUGUCUCCUGAAACGGCGUUCCGGAGCUGGUACGUCCACAUGCAAGGAGCCGCGGCACUUCUCGAACAUCGAGGUUCUGAGAUUCUACAGACACCUCUGGGUCCGACUCUUUUCAAAGCCGUCCACGCUCAAGAGCUCUACAAAUGCUUACGUUUUUGUCUGCGACCUACAUAUAAUCCGCCAUUCGUGAAGCAAGUCUACGACUUGAUAUCAGCUCAAGUGUAUCUGUUGGUCUCCGAUAUCGCCACCUCGUGCGCAGAAUAUAUUGAGCGAAAGGACAAUCUCUCAGGAGAUCAACGAAAUGCUUUCGGUGCGGGUCUCUUGGAGAGAGCUCGCCUCUUGGAUCUCCAGUGGCAGCGGCUUGUCUCCGUUGUUCCGCAGCCCUUUGGCUACGAACGGGUCCCGAAGGGGGAGUAUGGCCCGCUGCCGAACUGGAUUUUGCCUUUGAUCCAGGACCAGCGAGCCCCCUGCUUCGUGCAUAUCUACUCGGGAUUCGGGCCGUGCUUCAUAUGGAACGUGAUGCGGUACGCUCGAGUCAGGCUGCACCAGUUGCAAAUACUCCUUGCUGGAACGACGACGCUAUCAGGGGCGGCGUCAGAGUCCCUCGAGCUGUUGUUACAGCUGGAAGACGAGCUCAGCUCAACAGUGCCCGCGUUGCUAAUUGCCACAGACGAGGAAGUCCGCACCCGCUCGACGGGAGAAGAUGUACCCAGCUUCCGGGCCUUCUUGAUGGUCCGCUCACUGAUUGCGGCCCGCAUGACGCUGAGGUUCCUCGCACGACGAGGCCUCCACGUUCAAGAGAGACUAGCCUGGCUUACAGAGCUGUUCGCAUGCCUCCACGAACAUCUCACUAUUUUUGUUCCCUCUGAAUUUGACCCGCUGGACGAGGACUGA